UCUCCUAAUUUCCCUCCAUCCCAUCUGUUUCUCCCCUUAAUGGUUGAAAGAAACACAUCCAAAAAUUCAGCACCAAGAAUAACGUAAACAGUGUAAAUCAUCGUUCGAAUCUGGAACCGGAAGAUAGCGCCUCCGGCCAUGGAUGAUAUUGAGUUCCAUCGCCUUCUCGAGCACUUCCCGGUCAUCCGCACCCGUGAUUAUCAUCAUGAAACUGAGAUGAUGCAAUCAACAUCACUGCCAUCGCGGAAUUUGGAUUCAUCAAGAUCCGCGAGAAAUUUAGAGGCAACAUAUUCAUCGAGAAAUUUGGACACAUCUAAGUCUUCGAGGAGUCUAGAGACAUCAAAAUCAUCUAAAAAACUAGCUACAUCAAAAUCGUCUAGGAAUUUUUCGACGUCAAGAUCAUCAAGAAAUUUGGCGUCAUCAAGAUCAUCCAGAAAGUUGAUUACAUCAAAAACAUUGUUGCGAGAAUUUGUGGAAAGAGUGAAUAAAGGCGGUAUGGAGACCAAGAAUACCGACAACCAUGAUGCAUUUUGGGACAAAGUCAUGCUAGUUGCUGAAAAACAGCUUGGAGCAGAAGAAGCAGAAAAGUUCUGCAAGUCAUUUCAAGAAGUCUACAAGAAACUUGUGUUUGAAGAACUGAGUUUGGAUGCUGCCCGAAAGUUUCUUAACUCGCCUUGAUUUUAGUCAUGGGUUUCGUCUUAUACACGGAGAGUGACAUUUCCGGUUGUAGUUACAUACUUGUAAUUUCCUCAUUUUUGGGGCAAUGUAGUAAGUGUAUAGCAACUGCCGUAUAUCAUAAACAUUAUCUGGUUGUGGAUGAUUGUAUCUCGUAUCUAUAACUUUGAAAUUGAAGUUAACAUCUAGACAUUUUUCAAAAUGAACAU